AUGACAUGUAGGAGUGAGGAAACUAACUGGGGGCUCUUGUUUGACAUUGCUCUUAGUCACGGCGAGUCUUUGCGGAGGCAGCGCUUGACGUAUGUCGGAUUCAUGACGCUUCUACGCUCUGCUGGCGUCGUCGGCCCUGUCACUGGUAUCUACCAGGUAUUGCUUGGGGCACUGUGGCAGCAUCAUGGCUUGCAACGGAGUUGCAACGAGGGUGGAAAAGGUGGUGAAACGAAAAACGCCCUUGAUCUUACCAUGGAUAUCGACGGGUUUAUUACCAUUAUGAAUGUGGUAUGUAUACGAUGUUACCAGGCACAGCGCUUCUCUGAAAUGUUAGAGGACGAUCAUCCAAUUUCCGAAGCCGUAACUUUGUGUGCAGAGGAACAGGGAAAAAUCCACUCGAGCGUAACAUACACCAUGCGCCGCUUCUUCAAGCCAUUCAUCAGCAGGUCCAUCGUAUUGAAAAGAAUGGUUGUAUCGUUGGACUCUAGGAAGAAUAGCUGGACACCGUACGCCAACCGCUUGAUUACGCAUAUACUGGCAGCUUCAGCUGAUUCGAUAGUUUUUCCUCUGUUUGAUCGCUACGCCGAGUGCGGCAGGAUAUAUCGUCCAUCUUUUGAGGGGAUGGUUGACGAUAUCUUUCCACAUUUCUCUCCUUCUCAAAGGAAUGCGGCGCUUUCUGUGUUCACGUAUGAUGGAUUCACUGGUAUACACAAGUUAAUGAAGUAUGUUCAUCCAGAUGUCGAUAAAGAAACUCGAGCAGCUCUGGAGUUGCACUCGUUCGCAGAGGCCCUUUUAAUGUUGGCGAUAGUUGCUUUUUCUAACGAGUCGCAGCACAAACACCACCGCCCCUUUACGGCCAAAGUGUGGGCCGCGUUUGAGGAUUACUAUUGCAAGUUCCUCGGUGUUCCGAUGGUAUCAGAUCCCAUUAAAGACAACAAAUUCGCCUCCAUUACUCCUUCGGCUAAUCUGGUGUUUCCUGCAGAGGUACCUCUGAACAAGUUGUCGUCUUUUCUUAUUUCAGGAUGGAACUUAACGGUGGAUGACUGGCCAUGUGACACACCCGAUCCGGGGAAGGGAUACCCUCCUCGCAUACUAAAAUUUCCGGAGGAUGGGUUUGACGAUAUUCCUUUAAUGGACAAGCAGGAAAGCGCUGCAAAAGCACCCACAUCUACCACCGGUAUGGCUGCUAAGCUUUUUGAAGAGGAGCUCAUUCGUCCCACUCCAGCGGAGUACAGCCUACCAAUUUACGGCGUUCAGCGCUGUACGGUGUACGUUGAUGAGCAACGCGCCAAUGCAUUUCAGCGUGCUCCCAACAUCGUAGAGGUUGUUAUUCCAAAAAGCAUGUGGAAUAUUUCCAUUGACGGAACAAAGGUAGAAUUUGUCACGUAUGGGGAUGAGGGGAAGCUUCUGCUGAGACCAAACAAAGAUGUAACAAUAUCCAUACGCGACGUAAAGGGUAGCACAACAUUCGAAACUAAAAGUGUCCCUCUCCUGGAGUCUCCCUUUGAGCAAGUAAUUUUGCCUCCCCAAAUGGAGGUGUUGAGGACGGCAUUUUCACAUCACGCGGCGAACGAUUUGCUGCCUGUAGAAAGGUUUGAUGAUGCUUGUGCUGAAUUGUGUAUUAUUACCUCCGGUACAAAGGACCAUUGUUUUUUAUUCGCAAAAUCGAAAUUAGAGGGGUCGGAGGAAAGAAUCCCAUUGAAAGGCGCAGAAACAUUAGAGAGCGCCCAAGGUAUCUCAUUUUCAGAGUUUGUUUCGGCCUUGGCAACGGUGCUGUUAAGACGGCAUGAAGCAAGGAACACUCUUCCUGACAUUCCUUACCUUCUCGCUGUUGGCUCUUCGAGGAUGAAAAAGAGCCUUCCUCCACUGGCUGAGUGGAAGGGUGAGAACAGUGGCAACCCAGCGCAGUGGCUCCCGUUGAAGUUAACGCAGCCGCACAACGCCCGGAUCGAUGUACCGUACGACAAUGCCCUGCGUAAGAAGUCAUCUUUCUUAAGACGAUAUUCAGGCACGGAGGGGUUGCUGAAAAGUUUGGGGAAGGAUCAUCACAUGUUGCGACCUCUCCCGGCAUUUCCGGUCGAGGUAAAAACUGUUGACGUCGUGUCCCAAUACGACGACGAUGAAAAGGGCCUAUUUGACAAGGUGGCGAAGACGUCAUCAUCGCUACAGGAGAGUUUUUUGAAAGAAGAAAUGGUUGUUUCCAGGAAGGGAUGGACGUUGGAGUAA